AACAAAGUAUCAAGGAGAGUGUAAUGGCCAGCACUCCGUUGUCAAUAGACUAAUCUUUUACUGUAAGAUUACUUAAAUCUCAAUAUAUUUUCUAUUGCAUUGUGUCUCUAACUUAACCUUAAAGUUAGUCCAUAUGAUAUUAUUUUCAAUUGUUUACAUUGACAACUGUCAAUAAACCGAUAUUUAUACAAGAUUGUACAUCUCUACUAAUCUCUAGUGAUAAGGCGGGAGAUGAGAUAAAUAAUAAAAACAAUUACAAAAUCACAUGGUAAAUUGGUAAUUCAUUUAAUAAGUUUGUUAUAUUUUUAACGUUUGAAAUGGCUUCUGAGCCCUGUGAAGUGUGUGGUGGUACAGAUCUGAAAUUAAUUGAUGGAUUCUAUUAUUGUGUGGAAUGCGAUACACAAAACACAAAUGUAAGAGAAACUGUGAUUGAUCACAAAUCUUUGGGAGAUGGCACAUUUGCACUAUCAACACGAAGAAAGAUUAUUAAAAUACACGAUACCAAGAUUGAAAUGAGUCCAGAAUGGUACAAAUGGCAUGCAUAUAACUUCAUAAUAUUAGGGCUGGCCGACGAGCUGGUGGCUGCUGGAGCGAAACCUUCGUUCAAAUUAAAACUGCUUUGGAUUUGGACGAGAUAUGUUAAGAAAUAUCAGAAUAAAGAAGAUAUAGGAUUAGCAAAAACAUCACAAGAAGGAAAUGAUCACAUAAACCUAACAAGUGUUAUGUUUGAAGAAAAUAGUAACAACACAGAUGAAGAUGAUAAUGAAGGAGAAAACGAAGAAGUAAAUGAAGAAGGUAAACCAGUAAAAUCAAAACUCUUAAACAACAUUGUGGACGGAUCUCGGAGAGAUAUAAGAUUCUUGUCAAAAGGAGUUAUUCUAGCCAUGUUAUACUUAGCACUGAACUUAGACGAGAGCGACAUACAACUGUCUCAUUUAUACAGGUUCAUCAAAGAGAAACAUUUAAAUUUCUCCAACAUACAAAGGUUUGUGCCCGACGAUAUUCAUGUGAAAACCUUGGAAAAACUCUGGACUAACUUCAUACACAGUAAAAUUGUUAAUGUGCAUUUCUUACGAGCAUUAACUAUGUCUUUACUGCGGAAACUAGAUCUCGGAAGACCAAAGGUUCCCAAUCUGAGAAAGAUUAUUGAUAAUAUCUUACUGGAACUUUGCCUCCCUAAUGAUUUAAAGCCACUGAUAUACUCCUUGAUGCGUCUUCAUCAAUGCGAGUUCCUUGAUGUCAGCGACAAGUCUAAGGAACGCCUUUGCAGUGUGCCUGAUUAUGAAGGUGUGGUGAUGUCCUACGUUCUAGUUGCAAUAAAACUGUGCUUCGGUCUAGAUGGGGAUUAUGAGGAAAGACUAUCAGAUGCAGUUGAUAAAAUUAAUAUAGACAGAGACCUACAAAAGUCACACAGGAACGGUAAGUAUUCUGAACCAAGUAAAAGAUUAUUUUCAUUUAGAGAAUGGUGUAAUUAUUUACAAUUUAGGAAGAUUACUCUAAGCAAAUGUUGUCUGUAUAUGGCAGAGCAGUAUUGUUUAGACAUUGAUGAUCAAGUCUACAUUGAACACUCAAAUGAUAGACCACAUAAAACCAAAGAUUUACAAGACGAAACUGCAAUGGAUUUAAUUAACAAAAUACCUGAAAAUGACGAAGGUAGAGUUAUCCCAAAACAACGGUUUUCACCAUCAAUAACCCCUACUUAUGAGUAUACAGAUAUCAUAGUUGAACAUACUCAGGAUCCUGAGUUGAGGUAUCUUCUCAGUGAAGAUUUUACUCAGUAUUCUCUCAAAUAUGCCUGCGAGCAUUUAGAACUGUUAGAUGAAAACGCAGAAAACAUCAUCAAAGGAGUCAGUGAAAAUAGAAAGGUGACAAGUAAUAAAAUAAUUAUGGGUACAAUUGUUAUGAAAAGAAGUAAAACUCAAAUGGUUUAUGUUAAGAAUUGUGAAAAUAAAAACUGGAUGAAAACUAAACCUCCAACAAUAGAACAUGUACAUUGCGAAGAUGUACAAAACUCAAGUACUGACAAAGAGAGUGAUCAUGGUUAUGACUCAGAAAACCCCACAAAUGAUAAAGAAAUCGCCAAUGAAACUGAAAAUAGAGACGAUGUCACCGAUGUAAGUAUGACAGAAAGAGAGAAAGAUACUAGAGAAUUCAUAAUAACAGAAGAAGAUAAUGAAAAAAAUAUAUUCGACGAUUCAUUUGAAGAACUUGAUUUAAAGGAUGAAUUGGAACAAGCUAAUGAUGAAGAUCCAGAUCUACCCUAUGAUGAGCUACUAGCUCCAAAUAACGAAUCAAUCAACGAUGAUCGCGCGAGCAUAACUGACAUGUCUGACAAUGAGAACAUGAUACCAGUAUUUAAUCCCGAAACUUUUGAUAGCGAACAAACAAUUAAAGAAUUGGUCUUGAUGGCUUGUAAAAAAUAUAAAAUCCCUGUACCCAAUGAGUAUAAAAAUAGGGAAACUAGAAAAAGAAGGGCUGAGGUGAUUCGUGAUGAAGAUGUAAACAGAGAACCAAGAAAACGAACUAGGACAAGUGCUGCGGAAAAUAAACACAAAGUGGCUGAACUUGUCACUGGAUACUACGAACAUCAUCGCUUAGAUUUAUUCAAUAAAUUGCAAAACGAAGUUAGCAUGGCUGUUCGAAACAGUUCAAUUAUUAGUGGAUUGGAGCCAAAUCCAAACGAAACUGCAAAUUUCAUGAAUGCAAAUAUGACUCAACCUGCAUUACUAAACACUACAAAUGUUGCUGCAUUGUCGGCAACAACAUCUAUGAUUACAGAAAAUUUAGAAAACCAAUCAACUGUUAACCCUCAAACAAGUUUGCUACAAACAGAAACUGACAAAGAACAGAAUGCAGAUAAAACUGAUGUAAUUGAAGAAGUAAUAGACGAACAUACGGAGAAAAAACUAUUCGAAGACGAAGAAGAAAUUAACAUAAAUGAACUAUUACCAAAAGUUGAUCCAAAAUUUGACGACAAAAAGUAUGAUACAGAACAACUUUAUCUUAAAAUGAAGAUCGAAGAAGAAAAAGAAGAAGACAUAGACAGUUUACUAGAAGAUCCCAAAGUUGAUGAAAUACUUAAUAAAAAACUGGAAGAAGGUAAAACUGGUUUCUUUUCGAUCAGAAAACCUGAAGAGAUCAAGAUUAUUGAAACCAAGUAUGAAAGUGAUUCCGACGAUGACAUACCAUUGAAGACGUUACAAGAAGAAAAGAAAAUGAUAGAGGCCAAGAUUGCUUGGGAAGAAGACCUGGAACCUUUGAUAAAUAAAGAGAAUUUUACAGAGUAUAAAUAUUGGUUCAGGCAUUAUAACGCGGACUUUAUGGUGCGGUCUAAAGACUGGCAUAAAAAGUUCGAUGAAGAAUUGAAAGAGAAUACACCAAGCAGUUUCUAUUUUGUUAUAAAAGAAUGUGCUGCUGUUAUAAAUUCGACUCCUUUUAAUAUUUAUAGGCACAUGCAGAAUCUGGAAAAGUUCAUUAGUGCGAAAGCGAAAUUAUUAGAUUAGCAUUAAAUAGAUGAUUUAUUUAAUUUUUUUUAUCAUAUGACUUGUGAAGAAUACGAAUGGCCUUUUUGAUUGUAGAAGUGUAAAACAAAGGGUUCUCUUGAGUGUUGUAAUUUUUAUGUAGGUACUUGGGCGCUAUCUCGCCUGAUGGUAAGCGAAAUGUAAGUAUAACAGCAGUUUUAGAAUGACUGACCAGUAAAAAUAUGACGUUACCCAAAUGAAAUAUUGUAAUUUCACUUGGUAUCCUUAAAAAAUUGACAAAAAUGUGAAAUUCUAACCAAUUCAGUUUUAGUUUUAAAAGAGAACUCUAUGUGUAUUGAAAUAAGUGUUGUAUUUAUAGAAAAUAAUGGAUAAAUUCAUAUUAUUGCUGUUUAUUAUCUAGUUUUCUAGUUUGUAUUUAAACAACCUGUGAUUUCGUAAUGUGAUACUUUAAUGCAUAUUAUGACAAAAUGUUUGGAAAAUUCUCGUUACUUUUUAGAAUGUAUUAGUUACGGAUCGUUAUUUUUAUGGUUUAAGAGGGCUUAGUCCGUUUGUUGUAUUUCUCAUGUACGCACGCCAUAUUAUAACAGUAAGGCAUUUGUUUAUAAAUGUAGGUAUACCUUAAUAACGUAAAUGUUAGCUGUUACUGUGUUGGAACUGAACACUACGAUGUACUGUGGCCUGUAGCUAUAUUCUGUUUGUCCAAGGCAUGUAUGAAAUCCUACCUUGCCUAUAGACAGUCAAUUUCUGUCAGCAAAAUGUACAGUAAUUGGACAAAUAGGACCUUGCACUACAUUGGCACCAUUUGUAGGGCAAUUUGUAAAUUUAUUUAUUUUAUUUUUUAUUUAUUUAUUAAACUUUAUUGCACAUACAGUGAAAUUGGCGGAC